AGUGUUUUUAAUCAACACACGCAAUCUCUCUAGAUCUCUGUCUUUCAAUCUGAUUUUCACAGCUUCAAGAUGGCAAAUUCCAUGCGUUUAUUUUCAUCAACCUUCAUACCCAUCUUGCUUCUGGUUGCUAUAGAGAUGGCGCCAAGAGUCGCUGAGGGUAAGAGUACAGCUGCCGAUAUUAAACCGAGGACAUGCGAGUCUUUGAGCCACAAAUUCAAGGGAAUGUGCAUCAGCUCAAGCAACUGCGCAACAAUGUGUAAAAGUGAGGGCUUCUUGGGAGGUAAAUGCCAAGGCUUUAGGAUGAGAUGUUAUUGCACCAAGCAGUGUUAAUAGUUCUCUACAAUCGAGACGUACUAACCCCUUGGGUCAUAGUUUUGUGCUGUAAGAAUAAAUGACCCUCUAUAUACGCGCACACUUGAUUUCCAA